AAUUGGUCACACAUUGAGAAAGUGUCCUUCAGAGCCUCUGUCAAGGUGAUCUAAAUCACUGUGUUGUGAUCAUGUUUACAAGCUUCAGUACAAGCCAAAGGCCCUCAGGCAGGUCUUAAAGCUUAACUGACCAUUGCAAAAAAUCCCACAUGUCCACAUGUUCUCGAGUUCAAAACCAACAGCAGUUCCUUCCGGUUCAGGUAGAAUAAAACCCCUCCACCUGCAACGGUACCCAUCUCACUGCCUUCCACUUACUUCAUGGAGGAGAUUCCACCAGCCAAUGAGGUGAUAAACCUCACUUCGUUUAGAAACCAGUAUUCGGUAUCAAGUCUCAAUGGUGGAGACAAUCGUAGAUACACUAUAGAGGAGAACGGUGGUUAUGAACUGAAUGGAGUGGCCUCACGGGGCAAUACUGUGCUGUCUGGAUUUGAUACACUGGACUGUCCACCAAGUUAUGACUUCUAUGCCAACACAGAGGUUUUUGGGAGAACAAAGAAAAUAAGACCUUCACUUUUUCAGCUCCAUUCUAAUCAUGAGGAUGAUUCAUCCCCUCCUCCUUUGUAUGAGGAGACAAACGGCAACAAAGAGAGCCCCGAUGAUGAGCUGGCAGAGCCUCCUCCAGAGCCCCCCCGCUUUGGAUGGGUCCAGGGGGUCAUGGUUCGUUGUAUGCUCAACAUUUGGGGAGUGAUUCUGUACCUGAGGCUUCCCUGGAUCACAGCUCAGGCUGGCAUUGGUUUGACUUGGAUUAUAAUCCUUCUAUCGUCCUGCAUCACUGGAAUCACUGGCCUCUCCACCUCUGCUAUCGCCACUAAUGGCAAAGUCAAAGGAGGUGGCACCUAUUUCCUGAUCUCACGCAGUUUGGGACCAGAGUUAGGAGGGUCCAUAGGGCUCAUCUUUGCAUUUGCUAAUGCAGUGGCUGUGGCUAUGCACACAGUAGGAUUUGCUGAGACUGUACAAGCACUAAUGGAGGAGAGCGGUACGAGCAUUGUGGACCCCCUCAAUGACAUCCGCAUCAUUGGUGUAAUCACGGUUACCUGUUUGCUGGCAAUCUCAUUAGCUGGCAUGGAGUGGGAGUCAAAGGCCCAGGUUUUGUUCUUUAUGGUCAUCAUGGUUUCCUUUGCAAACUACGUUGUUGGCACCAUCAUCCCUGCCACUCCUCAGAAGCAAGCUAAAGGUUUCUUCAGCUAUAGAGCUGAUAUUUUUGCUGAAAACUUUGUGCCUAACUGGCGUGGGCCAGGGGGUAGCUUCUUUGGCAUGUUCUCCAUCUUCUUCCCUUCAGCCACUGGCAUUCUUGCAGGAGCCAAUAUCUCUGGAGACUUGAAGGAUCCCAAUGUGGCUAUACCCCGUGGCACAAUGCUGGCCAUUUUCUGGACCACCGUGUCAUACCUUGUUAUCUCAGCUACUAUUGGAUCAUGUGUAUUGCGUGAUGCUUCUGGCGAUAUUAAUGACACAGUUAUAAUGACUGGUACCACUCCUGAGGACUGCCUGGGGAGCGGUUGUAGAUACGGUUGGGACUUCGGUGAAUGCAUCGCCAACAAAACCUGCAGUUAUGGUCUUAUUAAUAAUUAUCAGACUUUGAGCAUGGCGUCUGGAUUUGCGCCCCUCAUUGCGGCUGGUAUCUUUGGGGCUACACUGUCAUCAGCGCUGGCUUGCCUGGUCUCAGCACCCAAAGUAUUUCAGUGCCUUUGCAAAGAUAAUUUGUAUCCAGGAAUUGGAUUUUUUGGGAAAGGAUAUGGGAAGAAUGAUGAGCCAUACAGAAGCUACCUUUUAGCCUAUGUUAUUGCUGUCUGCUUUAUCCUUAUUGCUGAGCUAAAUACCAUCGCUCCCAUCAUCUCCAAUUUCUUCCUGUGCUCCUACGCCCUCAUUAACUUCAGCUGCUUUCAUGCAUCCAUCACCAACUCUCCAGGCUGGCGUCCGUCAUUCAGGUUCUACAGUAAGUGGGCAUCAUUGGUAGGCGCUGUGGUGUCAGUAAUCAUCAUGUUCUUGCUUACCUGGUGGGCUGCUCUUAUAGCCAUCGGGAUAGUGAUUUUCCUGUUGGGAUAUGUGCUCUAUAAGAAACCCUCUGUAAACUGGGGCUCGUCUGUGCAAGCAGGCUCAUAUAACAUGGCACUAUCUUACUGUGUGGGUCUCAACCAAGUAGAUGAACAUAUAAAGAAUUAUAGGCCGCAGUGUUUGGUUCUUACUGGGCCUCCAAGUUUGCGGCCAGCACUAAUAGACUUUGUAGGCACCUUUACCAAGAACCAGAGUCUUAUGAUGUGUGGGGAUGUCAUCAUUGGAGGCUCUUCACCUGAUGCUAUGGAUGCAGCAAACAGCAGCAGUCAUGUCAGCUGGCUCAACAAGCGAGGUAUCAAGUCAUUCUAUCAUGGAGUAGUGGCUGAGGACUUGCGCACAGGAGCUCAGAUCUUGCUGAAGGGUGCAGGUUUGGGUCAGAUCAGACCUAAUAUCUUGUUAGUAGGAUUUAAGAAGAACUGGCAAAAAGGUCCACCAUCUAACAUUGAAAAUUACAUAGGCGUUUUACAUGAUGCAUUCGACCUCCAGUAUGGUGUAUGUGUCCUCCGGAUGAAAGACGGUCUUGAUUUGUCUCAUCAAAUGCAAGCACAUGGUAAAUUGAACCCAGUAUUUGAGGCAUCUGCAGAGCCAGGGAUUGAUGGCAGACAAACUAUCAGCACAAUGAAUCCUGAAUCACUGAUGGCCAUGUCUCAACCCAGCACUGUAUUUCAGUCCAGACAGGAAAAGAAGACCAUUGAUGUGUACUGGCUGUCCGAUGAUGGAGGUCUAACUCUGCUGCUGCCCUACCUGCUGAAGCGUAAGAAGCGCUGGGGCAGAUGCAAAGUGAGGGUGUUUGUCGGAGGAGACAUUAAAAAUAUCGAAGAACAAAAACAAGAACUCACAGCUCUUAUCGGCAAGUUCCGUCUUGGCUUUCAUGAGAUCCAAAUCCUACCUGAUAUGAAUGAAAAACCACAGCCUGAAAAUGUUAAGAAGUUUGAGGACAUGCUCGGACCAUAUAGAGUUCAUGGUAUACAAAAGAAUGGGGAAAGAGCUGGACAGACCCCCAGUGACUGCCCAUGGAUAGUGUCUGAUGAGGAUAUGGAGAAAAACCUAGCAAAGUCCUUCAGACAGAUCCGCCUUAAUGAAGUCCUACAAGACUACUCAAGGGAUGCUGCUUUGAUUAUUGUGACCAUGCCCGUGGGCCGGAGAGGAGCUUGUCCCAGUCCUCUCUACAUGGCUUGGCUGGAAACUCUUUCACGUGGCAUGAGACCUCCAGUACUGCUUGUCAGAGGAAACCAGGAGAGUGUACUCACCUUUUAUUGCCAGUGA